AUGACCGUUAGCAUCCUAUCUCCAACGUUCCAAAACGAAAACGCUAUCUUUUAAAAAUUCAGCCCCUUUCUCACCUCUUAGUUACCGUUAUCAUCGUAACCCCACACGACGUUCGUUUCAUCUUCGCUCUUAAACCCCAAAACACCCCUAAAUCAUCCUUCCCACCAGAUUCUUCUCACUCAAAACCCUAAUCGAUUCAUUCAUUCUCGAUUUUGUUUUCAGUUUCCAUUUUCCCAAAAUUGAAAACGGAAGACGAAUCCAAUUUCAAGCGUGUAUGAUCACCAGUACAAAAUCUGUGAUUUUGUUUUCGUUUUUCCCGAAUUCCCAAAUUCUUGCGAUCAAUUUUGUUGAUUAUGGCAGCAUUAGCACCAGGGAUCUUGUUGAAGCUUCUGAACGGGAUGAAUUCCGGGGUAAAACCCACAAGUGAAUAUCGCAGUUCACUUCUACAGGUAACCGAUAUCGUUCCAGCCGAUCUUGAUGAGAAAGACCUAUGGCCAAAACAUGGUUUCUACAUUAAAGUAUCAGAUUCUUCCCACUCGAUUUAUGUAAGUUUACCUUUCGAUCAAGACGAUCUUGUUCUCAGCAACAAAAUGCAGCUUGGCCAGUUCAUCUAUGUCGAAAGUUUAGAACCCGGUUCACCUGUCCCCAUAGCCAAAGGUGCUAAACCGCUUCCAGGACGCCACCCUUUUAUUGGAACGCCUGAACCACUUAUGGGUUUAAGAGAAAAAGGGGAAAAGAGUGAGCAAAAGGGGGUUAAUUUCAAUUCGAAUACUAAAUCUUGUGUUCCAAGAAGAGGUUCUUGGGGAACAGGACAAAAAGGUGAAGAUGGGGUUUGUGCAUCACCGAUGGUUUUGAAACCAUGUCCUCUUGAUUUUGAUCAAUGUACACCUGUAAAACCGAGGUCUGCAAUUAGGGUUAAUUUUCCUAUGUCGCCAUCGAUUAGAGGGAAAGGAGGUGAGAAAGAUGGGAGCUUUAAUGGAAAUGUUAGAGCUUCUGUAGGUGGGCCAUUGUUGUCGAAGAUGAUGGAAAGUCCUGCAAUGAGAAAAAGCUGUGUGGUUAAUGCUUCUAUGAUGAAGUAUACGAGAAGCAAAAGUACAGUUUGUGAUAGAGAUGCAAAAAUUAUAAGAAGUCCUUUUAAUAAUACAGCUGAAAAGAAAAGUACAACUCCACCUCCGAGUUUAAAGAACACAAGAAAAUUUUCUAGCUCGAAUGUUGAUUCAGAGACAAAAAACUAUUCCAAUUCAAAAAUGGCUUCACAACAACAAGACUCUCCAUAUGGUGAUUCAGACUCUAGUUUAUCGUUUAAUAUACCAGGAAAGCUUGGACUUCUGGGAAAGGAAGCCAUUCAGCAACGAGAAACAGCUCAAAAGAUUGCCCUUCAAGCACUAAGAGAAGCAUCCGCAACUGAAACCCUAGUUCGAUCUCUCAAGAAUCUAUCGAGUUUAACUAAAUCAUCAAAACCCGAAAACCCAUCCGAAUGUUUUGAUCGAUUUCUCGAUUUCCACAACCAAAUCGUUCAAGCCAUCGCUGAAAUGACAUCAAUCAAAGCAGCAACAACACAAAUCACAUCGGAAGACACACCUGUUUUACACGAUAUCAUGAACAACAACAAUUCGGAUACAAACAACGCUUCAAAACGACGAGCUGCCUUACACAAAUCAAUCGCAGCAUUUUCCGAAAGAUCCGAUCAAAAGCCGAAGCAAUUGAAAACACCAAAUCAGAAAACAAAAGUGUUGGAGAAUGAUGAAAACAAGAACCCUGGAUCUUCGUCUUUGUGUUGUAGCUUGAGUAAUACGAUUAAAUUGGGGAUGCAGAUUGAAACGGAGGCUGGGAAUUGGUUUAUGGAGUUUUUGGAGAAAGCAUUGGAAAAAGGAAUGAAGAAAUCGGAUGCUAAGAAAGUUUCGCAAUCGCUUAUUUUGAAGGUGAUAAAUUGGGUUGAAGUUGACCAGUGUGAUAGUAGUAAGAGACCUGUGCAUCCAAAAGCUACACAAAUUGCUAGGAAAUUGAGGAUUAAAAUGAAGAAUCCUUGAACGUGUAUGUAUGUGUGUCUGUGAUUGUGAGAGGAUUUGAUUGUGUCAAAUAAAUCAAAAUUUUUUUUUCAAA